CUCCCCUCUCGGUUGCCCGGGUGACGAGCCCGCCCUCUCCUUCCCACAAUGCAACGUCCAACAUGGAGGAUGAGGAUAAAGAUCUGCAAGGCACUGAAGGUUCAGGAUGCCUUGGUGGUGUUGAUGUUCGGCGACGAAUCCCCAUUAAGUUAAUUUCCAAGCAGUCAAACCGAAAUCGAGUCUCGACUAGAAGUCAGAGAAACAUGAGCAGGAAUUCUUCAAAGUCGAUCCCCACAGAUGAAGAAGGAUUUGAAUAUAAUGACGAUGAGAUCUACGAAUGUAAAGGCGGAGAACUGUUUGGGAGUCAGCGUCGAUUUUCUCUACAGUUUUUCUGGGAUUUUAAGAUAAAUUUGUUGGGAGAAAAAGAUGACACCCCUGUGCAUUUUUGUGAUAAAUGUGGAUUGCCAAUCAAGAUAUAUGGACGGAUGAUAUAAGAGAGCUCUUAGCACCUAGUCUUUCCAUCACCUUUGGAAAC